UCACGCCGAGACGCUCCUCAAAAGAAACGGCGUGAAAGUCACGCACAUGGGUGGGGAAGCCCUCGGGAAGCCCGCCAGGGCGUAAGCGUGGACCGGUUUGCAUCGCACCCAUGUUGGACGUGCUCGUCUUCGGGGCGCCUCCCAGCCGCCGGCGAAUAUGUUGCCUCCUCCGGUUGCGUGGAAACUAAACGGGCGAAGCUUGAGAACGGCCGCGGAAGCAUCUCAUCAACCCACCGCGAGUUGAAUCAGCUGCACGGUGGAGGGGGAAUACAAAGGAUGCGUUGGAGCAUGACGAGGAGCGAGAGAGCGCCGCGAACGCUCACCGGUUACCGGGGCGAUUGAUGCAUGGCGUGCCCCGUAUGACAAGAUGUCCAUCCUGGUCGACUACGUGGUCAUGUGUUUGCUGCCGCACAGCCUGGUGCUCAUGACCUUCUGCUUCCACCACGCCGCCACCACUUGCUCCAAACACUGCUACUGCUCCGAGAGCGACGGCGGCGGCAAGACGGUGCGCUGCAGCGAUCAGCGGCUGACCGAGAUCCCGCGGGACAUCCCCAACGACACGCGGCGAGUCUACCUGGACUUCAACCUCUUGACUUCGAUCCCGGCCAACGCGUUCGCCGGCUUGUCCCACCUGGUGGAACUGGAUCUCUCGCACAACGACAUAAGUCAGCUGCAGCCGGGCGCCUUCCGAGGCUUGAGCUCCUCAUUGCAGUUCCUCGACCUUUCCGGAAACAAGUUGGCCCAUUUCAACGCCGACUCCUUCGAGGGCCUGCGGGCCCGGGCCAAUUUAACCAACAACCCCUGGCAUUGCGACUGCAACCUGCAGAUGGCCUUGCCCCGCGUGGACCUGGAGCCCGUGUCGCUGACCGGCAUCGUGUGUCAGACUUCAGACCCGGAGGAAAUGAGCGUUCAGGGAUUGGCCUUCCUCUUGGAGCCAGAUAUUGACUUGUGUGUGGUGAUGAAGAGGACUACAGACGUGGCCAUGCUGGUGGUCAUGUUUGGCUGGUUCACCAUGGUCAUCUCUUACUUGGUCUACUACGUCAGGGCCAACCAGGAGGACGCCCGCAGACAUCUGGAGUAUCUCAAGUCGUUGCCCAGCAGGCAAACCAAGUCGGAGGAGUCUUCCACCAUCAGUACUGUCGUUUAGCCUCGAGGCCAGUGUUUCCCAACCUUUACUAAGCCAAGGCAUAUAUUCGACAGGAGAACAAUCUCGCAGCAGGACACAAAAAUGUCGUCAAAAGUAUAUGGGUCAGUCCACUGAAUCCGUGCCAUUGGCUUGUUGUAAAUCUCUCACAAUCAACUUCAAGACCAUUCUGUGUGAAAAUUGGCAGAUCGGGGAUCACUGUAGCUUUUGCCUUCUACUGGAAGAGCAUUUAAGUAUUCUGCCUUACACUAUAUGUCGCUGGCAUUGAUAGACAGGUUGAUAGAUGAAAAAUAUGCAUUAUUUGUCGUAAAUAAAUAAUACUUUUCAGACCAGUUGAGCGAAAAUGGAUAAUUGAAGUGGUUGGGAAUCACUGCUAUAUGCUUACUAGGGUUUUUCUAAAUGGCUACCAGCAACACUACUCACUCUUCCUGAUUGAUGUGCUUUAUCAACUUCUCUCUGCUUUCAUUGAACUGCAGUGUUUUAAAUCACACAGACAACACAAAUGAUUCGCGAUUCAAAGUUUACGAGUGAAAUAAAACGGAAACUAUCUAGCAAGCGCAGCAAUGCAGAUUAUCAGAACGGCUCGGGUUAUUUUCCCCGCUUGCGUGGCCUCUAGGCAGAAUUCAAUCAUAAGCGCGUCACUUGUGCCUACUCGACCGAAUGACAAAUCAGGGGCAAUGGGUACCGGAGUCCAUCUUUACUGUUCCAUUCACCAAUAAAAAAUAAAAAUAAAAAAUAAAAAAAUAAAUAAGAAUGAUAAAAACUCACCGACUUCGCCGGUUGAAUGAUAAACUCGGGGCUGACAAUGUCACAUAGGAACAGGAAGG